AUGAUGUAUUAUACUAACUAUGCCUUAGACCAAUUCUUAAAGUACCUUCUUGAUGCCCCCGAGCUUGAAGGUAAGAACCUUCGCGUUAUUAGUAAAGACUUUAGGAAGACGAAGGUAGAGUCGCAGACCCUCGUCUUAAAAGGGCCUAUCUUAGGCCGCUAUAGGGAACUUCAAGGGUUCAAAAUUAUUACGGAUAACAAAUUGCUUUAUUGGCUUAGGCGGGAAAGCGAAAUUACCCGGAUUUUUAAGGCUAUUAAUCACGUUAUAAGCCUUUAUAACGAUAUCAAUAUAGUCUAUAAUAAGAUAUUACGCCGCUUAGGAUUAAAGGUUAUUAUAUACGAGGAAGUAGUAGAAGUAAUAGAAGCCUACGUUAUCUUAGCCCUUAUACUAGGAGGUCGAUAUAGCUACUACUUUUAUUCGGUAUCUUAUUCGUUACGGAAGCUUAGGAUAUCGCUUAGUAAAGAUUUUAAGAUUUACCUUAGCGAGCGAGACCUAGAAACCUUAGCUAUAGAUAGGUUUAAGAAGGUAGAAGAUAAGAAUCCGGAGUCAAAUAGUCGCGAGGAGGCAAAAGUGAUAGUGGUCUCCCUAGUUCGCAGUAACAAAAAGCGUAAGGUUAGCUUUUUACGUACCGAGAACCAGUUAGCUCUAUGCUGUCCUCGCUAUCUAGAUACGCCUAUUCUAUAUUCUAAGCCUUACGACUUUAAAAGGAAGAGUCUAGAGGAGCUUAUUAAGUGCGAUAUUAAGGUUGAAAAGGCUGUUCCUAAGUAUAGUUAUAAAAUUAAGGUUAGCUAUUUUAAGGAUAUUAUAUUCCCGAUCUUCCUGAUUGCUAUAGAAAUUGUCUCUAGGAAGUGUCCUAAGGAAUACCACGAUAGGGAAAGCUAUAGUUCCUACGAGGCAAAGUACGAAGUCCGAUACUCGUAUUUAAUAUACGACUUAACUUACGAAAAGUACUAUACAAUCGACUUCCCUACAAUAAGCGAUACACUAAAAAUCUUAAAUACGGCUACUAGUUAUGGCGAUAAGAGUGAUACUCGUGUUGACUUUAUCGAAAUAAAAGACUAUUCCGAAAUUAACCUCGAUAAAACUCCGAUUAUUGUGCUUAGAUACGGUUAUUUCUUUAUAAACGAGACUUAUAAGCGGUUCCUUGCUAAAGGUCGUAUAGACCUCGUAAACCUUAAAUCGCGUCUAAAUAAUAUUGAAUAUAAGCUUAACUCUAAGGGGGCGUUUCUGCUUUUUAGUAACGCCGCUAUAAAGCUUAAAGCACUUAAUAUAGAGGCCUUAAAACUUAUAAUAUCGGAUCUAAAUCCUAAAGAAGCUAGCGCUAAUUCUAGAAAGCUCGAAAAUCGUACUAAAACUAUCCGCAAUCUCCUUACUAUUACGUUAAAACUAUGUGACGGACUAGGGAACUGCCCCGAGCUCUAA